UGGACGCUUGUGGAGCUUGACGAGAACUUGAAGCUAUGGGACGUGCACUUUAGGUUGACGGUGCGAGACCCUGGGAUUCUGCCUAGGGAAGUGGACUGGGGAGAGCGGUUUCUUUGGCCGAAGAAAGACAUCUUGGAUAGACUGGUCCCAAGUAACACGCUCUAUAAGCGAGUCGUGGAUAAGGUCCACCUAGAAGUCUGUAUAAAGAAAUACUACACGCGAUUUCGCGCACGAGAUCAGUGGACUAGGUUCGACCAGUACCUAAAGCCCAGGAUUGCUAAGUUCGCACGAGGCGCUCGCCUAACCCCAGAACGUGAAGAGAAGCUGAUUGUCGGGAUAAGUCUUUUGCUGGAAGAAAGAGAGCUACUAAGAGAACUACUAUUUAAGCGAGAAGGUGUGCUAGCGUGGUCCUGGGAGCACAUCCAGAGGAAGAUAGUCACGGAGAUGCUUCAAGAUAGGCUAAAGAAAGGCAGUAUUAAGCGCUAUCAUGGUCCUUAUCGAAACCCUUGGUUCUUAGUUAAGAAGAAGGCUGCUGGGCAGUAUCGAAUUAUAAUAGCCGCCAUGAAACUUAAUUCCGUGACGAUUCGGGACGCGAAUAUGCCCCUAAACGCUGAUGAGUUCGCGGAAGACUUUGCGGGCAUGCAGAUAUGCUUAAUAGUGGACUUGUUCUCGGGAUAUGAUCAGAUUUCUCUAGUAGAAGACUGCUAA